AUGGUGUCCCAAAAACCAGUUAUAGUCAUCGUGCCGGGUUCGUACCACCGGCCUGUCCACUACCGCAAAAUUGCCGAUCCACUACGCGCCCAAGGGUACGAAGUGCUCUCCUUUGACUUGGCUGUAUGUGGAGAUGCAGUGGACCCCGAAUUGAGCUUCUUCGACGAUGCCGCUGUGAUCAAAGAGCACUUAUUUCCAUUACUCGAAAAAGGCAAAAAAGCCGUAAUCGUGUCUCACAGUUAUGGCUCUCUACCCGUGAGCGCGCUCGUUGAUGGACAGACCAUUGCCGAACGCAUUGAGAAGGGUCUUAAGGGGGGAAUUGCUGCGGUCAUCAACAUAGCUGGAUUCGUGUUUCCUGUCCGCGGCAAAAGCAUCAUGGGCAAUGAUCAAAAUCCACCUCCGCCGCCUUACCAGAUCUGGAAGGAUGGCAUUGCGCAUCUCCAAGACUCGGCCAAAUCUCUGUUCUUUUCCGAUCUCGCUCCCGAGGAAGCCGAUGACGCGUGGGCUCACCUGCACAGGAAACAGACUACGAAGAGCUUCGACACAUGGCCGCAGUGCGUAGAGAAGGAAUACCGGUGCGCGAAGACUUAUAUAUUGUGUGAGAAUGAUAAUGCAGUGCCACCUGCAUUCCAGGAACAGAUGGCUGGGCUUGGUGGAUUUGAAGUCGUAAGGGUCAAGUCAGGCCAUGCUCCGUUUUUGACCAUUCCGGAGGAGGUUGUGGCGAUUGUGACUAGGGUUGCGGAUUCCACUUACUAA